ACAGAUCUGAGUUGUACCUAUAUUAUUCAAAUUUUGUGCUGUUGUUUUCAAUGUUCUCAUUUAUAUAUAUAUAAUAUAUCUUGACAUUGUGAAAGCUAUAAAGGCUGGGGAAAAUAUAGCUAGUUCGAUUACAAUCAAUCGUUUUGUGGCGGAAUGGAUAGCAAACAUUGAACCAAAAUCCAAAUGCGGGCUGGAAGUGAAACAAUGAGGCUACGAAAAUAUAGUCAGUUGCAACGAAUUAUGCAUCCGCAGGCAGUCAAGUCGUCCUCUGUGAGACGUCUACCAGUCAUACGCGAAGGCUCAGCACAUUCGUCGUUCAUUUCAAAAAGGAGUAAAUGGACAAAAGCGUCAAUAAAAUCAAGCGAGCACACACAACACAGGAACGAUACUGAUUCUGACCAAAUAUUGGAAUAUUUUCCUUGUAAAAGAAUUCAUGAAAUAAUGCAGGAAAUUCUUAAAAACUCAUCGUUCAAGACAAAAUCAUCUUAUGAUUCACGAUGCUGCGGAGAUGAGGUUCGAAUUAUAAGUGAUGAAAUCAGAAAUCAAGUCAAAUUAUUUCUCAGAGACUAUUGUUUAAAUAGAUAUAAGAUAGUGGUGAACGUCAUUGCAGGAACCUCGGAGUUUUCAGAUAUGAUUUUUGCAAGUAGAUUUGUUUGGAAUCCAGAAAAGGAUACUUUUGUUGAAGCCAAGCUCCAACUGAAUGGGAAGUACAUUGUUGCAGUACUGUACGCCGUUCAUCACGAAUAACUCUCUUCGUUAAUUCUAAAUCGAAUCAAAACAGUAUACACGCCUUGCAAAGUGUCCGUCUAUACUGCUUCUUUUAGUAAAGUUAUGCGUUCAGACGAAAGCUAACAACUUAUAAUUUCGGUGAAUAAGAACACGAUAGUUUGUAUAUAUGAAGAAAAAUGCAUAUUCUGAGUGUUUUUACGACUGAACUCACAUGAAAUUGUAGACCAAUAAUAAAGUUUCAGGUAAAAGGGACAAUUUUGAAAUUCGUCUAAAAUUUAUAAUCUGUUUUAUUUAGAAUUUGUUUUUUCAUGAGUACCACCACUUUUCGAAAUUACCGUAAUUUUUACUUUUCCUUAUUGUUUACUCUCUAUUUUACAUCCGGAAUUACGUGAUAAGCAUAAAGAUUGCCCAGUGAUGCCAUCAUAUUAUGCUCACGUCAACAUGUAAACACGUUUGCUAAAUACACGUUUACGUGACUUUCGCCCUACAGGUUGAAUAUGAGAUUUCAUUCUCUUAUCAUGCAAAGGAUUUAUUUAUCUAACAGGCCAAUGCACAAACUUACCUGAUUAUAAAUUCUAUUAAUAACAUAUUUGAAAUUUGUAUGAUAAAAUAAUUAUUCGAUUCUUUUGUUUCAUUUUGUCCAUAAAACCACAUUAUGUUCUAGCUUUAGGUUGCUUGUUCCCUUUUUGAUAAACUAUUGUAAAUACUAAAUUACCUCCACUGUAUUU